AUGCCUCAACUCAUUCAGACAUUCUGGUCUAUGGUCUUACAAUCGACCUCUCCUUCCAAGAUUGAGCUUAUCGGUACACUGGGUAUCCAAUUUGGUGCUUUCUGGCUGCCAUCUCUCUUGCUACUGGGUGUCGACUAUAUCUUGCCCUCCUUCUCCCUGCGACACAAGAUCCAGUCCCGACCAACUCCAUCUUCUGCUCAGAUCUGGCAUUGCGUCGAUGUGGUUAUUCUCAAUCAAUUACUCAUGGCAGCAGCCAAAGUACUCGAGCUUGGAGGUUUACACCUUGUCGGCCACUCGUCUUUCUACCGCUUCGAAAAUGUCACACCACGUGUCUCUGAAGUUGUACGCGACCUCAUCGUCUGCGUCCUUCUUUGCGAAAUCAUAUUCUACUACUCUCAUCGACUCUUACACAUCAAAUUUCUCUACCAGCGCAUACACAACCAACACCAUCAAUUCAAAGCUCCAAUAGCUCUGGCUGCUCAGUAUGCACAUCCAAUGGAGUACCUCGUGUCUACCGUUCUACCAUUUUGGUUACCUCCGCAGAUCCUGGGUUGCCAUAUUCUGACAUGCUUCCUGUUCUGGAUAGCGGCUACUUUUGAAACGGUCAUUGCGCACAGUGGGUAUGACUUCUUCACAGUCUUCGCCAAGAAACAUGACCUCCAUCAUGAGAAGUCCAGAGUCAACUUUGGCACUCUCGGCUUCCUCGAUUGGAUCCAUGGCACAGGCGCCUGA